CAGGUUGAAGUAUUGUAUUUUGCAAAAAGUGCUGAAAUAGCAGGAGUUCGAUCAGAGACUAUCUCUGUGUCACAAGAAAUAAAAGCAUUGCAGCUGUGGAACGAGAUAGAAGCUCGACAUCCCGGAUUGGCUGAUGUUAGAAAUCAAGUGAUAUUUGCUGUUCGUCAAGAGUAUGUCGAACUUGGAGAUCAACUCCUCCUGCUUCAACCAGGAGACGAAAUUGCCAUUAUUCCCCCCAUUAGUGGAGGGUAGAACUUUUAAGCCAUCUAGGAAUGAUAUGGAUGAAGUUGAAGAGAAACCCAAAGACAUAAUAAAAUUCACUGCUGAGAAUCUUUCAGUAGAUGAAGUCUCACAGUUGGUGAUUUCUCCCCUUUGUGGUGCAAUAUCCCUAUUUGUAGGGACUACAAGAAAUAACUUUGAAGGCAAAAAGGUCAUUAGUUUAGAAUAUGAAGCAUACCUACCAAUGGCAGAAAAUGAAAUCAGAAAAAUUUAUAGUGACAUUAGGCAGAAAUGGCCAGUUAAACACAUAGCAGUGUUCCAUCGACUUGGCUUGGUUCCAGUGUCAGAAGCAAGCAUAAUUAUUGCUGUGUCCUCAGCCCACAGGGCUGCAUCCCUUGAAGCUGUGAGCUAUGCCAUAGAUACUUUAAAAGCCAAGGUGCCCAUAUGGAAAAAGGAAAUAUAUGAAGAGUCAUCAUCAUCUUGGAAAAGAAACAAAGAAUGCUUUUGGGCAACUGACAAGUAGUUACUUACAUUUUUAGAGCACUAAAUUUUAAAUCUGGUGAACUUUUAUUAUUUGAUCACAUUUUGAGUUUUCUCCACAAAUGAAGAUAGUUUACUGACACACAAUCUUGUGUUGUACCAGUGGGACACAUGGGAGAAAAGGAAUUGCUGUGUAGGAUGAAGGGUUAUUAGGAGAUGAGAUGCAGAAGAAAUGAGAUAGUGUAAAUGUGAAGAAAGAUGUCUGUGGUAGACUUAGCUUUCUGUGACUAAUUUCUAAUUGUAACUCAACUUAUGUUGAGGUGUGGCCCCUGUUCAGUGACUUUAACUGUUUCAGAGCACCCUCUGCCUCCCACAGUACACAACAGUAUUGCUAACAGGGAUGCAUUAUGGAAAUGUUGGCAGAACUGGAAAGUUAUUGCCAGAUAGUUUUGAUAUUAUAUAGUAUGUAUUUUCAAAACUUACAUAUUUUUAAAAUAAACUCAUGAUUUACAAUGUUUAAAAAUAGUAUUUUCCUGCUUUUUAGAAUUCAGUGAUAAUAGCUACAAUAUUUUAUAUUAUAGAGACUUCUACAUUUAGAUCUAUAAUUGUGCCAUAAUACUUUUUGUAUUUUAUUAAUUAUUAAUUUGGUAUCAAAUUAGCAUAAAAUUGUUAUAAAACCAACUAGCAACAGGGUGGUUUGUGUUAAAUGUUAGUUGAUGCUUAAGAUUUGACUCACAAUUGUUUAGGGAAAUUAUAUGAAGGACAUUAAUAUAAGAAAUUAUGUGAUUAUUUAUUAAAGCAUUCACAGUUUUCCUUCUGAAUGUUUAUGCUGAAUUAAUUAGUGAAGUCAUUAAUAAGCAGUUACAUUUUCCACAAUAUUUUCAAACCAGUUUUUAUACUAAAUAUUUUUUUUGGCAGUCCUAGAGUUUGAAUUUGGGGCCUUAAAUUUGGUAGGCCAGCUUUACUGAGGCAUACUUGACAAAUAAAUGUUGUCAGGUAUAUUUAAUUAGCAGGUGUUUUGAUAAAUCUUGAUGUUGUGAAGUGUUGUGAAGUGUUUAGCCCAGCCCAGAAAAUUAAGAUGCCUAUCCUUGAUGUAUUCUUUUACCAAAUUUCAAUUACUUUAGGUUGUUUG